UUGGCGAACACCAGCUGACAGGGCACAAAGUAGCAGUAAAAAUACUGAACAGGCAGAAAAUCCGCAGCCUGGAUGUGGUUGGGAAGAUUAAACGAGAAAUUCAAAACCUUAAGCUCUUUCGGCACCCUCACAUUAUCAAAUUGUACCAGGUCAUCAGCACACCAACAGACUUCUUCAUGGUUAUGGAAUACGUGUCUGGCGGGGAAUUAUUUGAUUACAUCUGUAAGCACGGACGUGUUGAAGAGGCAGAAGCUCGACGCCUUUUCCAGCAGAUUCUCUCUGCAGUGGAUUACUGCCACAGACACAUGGUUGUCCACCGAGACCUGAAACCAGAGAACGUGCUGCUGGACGCACACAUGAAUGCAAAGAUAGCUGAUUUUGGAUUAUCCAACAUGAUGUCAGAUGGCGAAUUUCUACGCACUAGCUGUGGUUCCCCAAAUUAUGCAGCCCCUGAAGUAAUCUCUGGAAGACUGUAUGCUGGCCCAGAGGUGGACAUCUGGAGCUGUGGAGUUAUCCUCUAUGCCCUUCUCUGUGGCACUCUGCCUUUUGACGACGAGCACGUCCCCACUCUCUUCAAGAAGAUCCGGGGAGGUGUGUUUUACAUCCCUGAAUACCUCAACCGCUCUGUUGCCACUCUCCUCAUGCACAUGCUGCAGGUUGACCCUCUCAAACGAGCAACCAUCAAGGACAUCAGGGAACACGAGUGGUUUAAGGAAGAGCUGCCCAGUUACCUGUUCCCAGAGGACCCUUCUUACGAUGCCACCGUUAUCGACGAUGACGCAGUUCGGGAAGUCUGUGAGAAGUUUGAGUGCACAGAGUCGGAGGUGAUGAACAGCCUGUACAGUGGAGACCCUCAGGACCAGCUGGCAGUGGCUUACCACCUCGUCAUCGACAACCGGAGGAUCAUGAACCAAGCCAGCGAGUUCUACCUCGCCUCCAGCCCUCCCACUGGCUCCUUCAUGGAUGACAGCACCAUGCACGUCCCUCCUGGGGUGAAGCCGCACCCCGAGCGGAUGCCGCCAUUGAUAGCAGACAGCCCCAAAGCUCGGUGUCCUUUGGAUGCCCUCAACACCACGAAGCCAAAACCCUUGACUGUCAAAAAGGCCAAGUGGCACCUGGGAAUCCGCAGCCAGAGCAAACCAUAUGACAUCAUGGCCGAGGUGUACCGGGCUAUGAAACAGCUGGACUUCGAGUGGAAGGUGGUGAAUGCCUACCACCUCAGGGUGCGCCACAAGAACCCGGUGACAGGCAAUUAUGUCAAGAUGAGCCUGCAGCUCUACCAAGUGGACAACCGCAGCUAUCUCUUGGACUUCAAAAGCAUUGAUGAUGAGGCGAUGGAGCAGAGGUCUGGCUCAUCCACACCACAGCGCUCCUGCUCCACCGCUGGCUUGCACCGGCCAAGGCUGAGCAUCGAUGGUGCCGCGGCCGCUGAGUGCCAAUCCCUGAUGGGCUCUCUGAGUGGCUCCUUUGUUGGCAGCAUCCCCUGGGGCAGCCACACCAUGGACUUCUUUGAGAUGUGUGCCAGCCUGAUCAUGGCCCUGGCUCGCUGA